GUAAGUGAAAAUUUGCAGUGAUAUCAAAAGAGACUGGCAACAUUGGGUGCAAACAAGCAACGAUAUUUCGAUUGUAUGAUAUAUUAUUAUUUUGCACGUUACAACGCCUACCAAAUGUGUAAUUCAAUGUUGCAGGGUUCCCAAGGAGAAGGAGGGCACUUUUUUCGUUAUCACAAUAUACCUUUAGCUCAUCAAGCACUUGCUUUUUGAAGCAACUAAGAGUCGGUAGUCUCUGAUACAAACACGUAAUUAAGCAAAAAUGCUCUUAACUUGAUGGUUUUCUGCAAGCAAUAUGUUGAUAUUUCUUUGCCCUGUAAGUAUCCGAGAAUCGUCAUGUCAAUCUCGAUGUAGAAAGGGAGCCCGAAAACGAUCCCUGAGGAGCUAAAUAUUGUUUGCCAAAACUUUUUAGAUGCAAAUAUGAAUAUUAUUACUCCAAUAUCAAUCUCCCUAGCGAUCACCCUAAGAUGCAGUUUAUUAAAAUUUCCUUUUCUGUUCAGUUACUAUAUCGAUCUUGCAGACAUAGCGAUUAAGGUUCCUUGAAGUUGCUUCGCGGUACUUGCAUGGAUGUCAUUUUAUCCAUACAUCGAUUCAAAUCUACCAUUUUUGUAAACGAUAAGGUGCAAGUUGGAAAUUAUUUGCAACAGUUCUAUACUAAAUUUCUUGUAACUCGCAAAGAUUUACUGUCUCAAUUUGCGUGUUGUAACCGGCACGUAGGCUAUUCUUCAUCAAAUCUGAUCGAAUAGUCUCUCGAGCUGUAUGAUUUAAAGGGAUAUUGUUCCCAGAUUCUCCCAUUUUUCUGAAGGUUUUUGUUGUGUCGUGUGAAGGUGGGUCUUUUGAUUCCGAUGUAGAACCCACGGGACUGAAGUAUUAUGUGUUUGGUGGAGUCGUGCAAAGCCUUGGUGGAUAAAAUAAGUUGUAUGCUUUUGAACGUUAUGCUUCUGGCCUUUGCAUGAGAAGUAUGAAACGUUAGUGCUGCUAUUGCAACCGGGAUCGCAACCCUAUUUGCUUUGUUAAAACAUUUUUAGGAUAAGGAAAUCCAAAUGGCUCAUGUAGCUAUUUACUAAUUAGAGUGCGUGCACUGAAGGAGUAUUAAAGCCGGGCUCAACCCCAGCGUGAAGUUGGAUUUUCACGACGCUAAAACUUGGUUCAACCCAGGUUCAACUUUAAUCUCGAGCUGGAUUUUCCCAAUCCAGGCCAAAUCAAGGUAUUUCAAACGACAAACAUGAAACUUAGGUUUUGUUCAGGUUCAACUCAACCUUGGGAUAAUUGAAUUUGCCGGGCAGCGAUCCAUGGACCAUUGCUCAUUGAAUUUGAUCCUCUUGAGCUUUAAAACUUUUAAGGCUUUUCUAUCCAGAUUGUCACAUUUGAAGGAUGUUUUUUGUAAUGUCGUGAAAAGAUUUUUCUUGGGAGAGUACAUAAUAUAUUCAAAAUGCAUCAAAGAAGUACUUUGUAGCACUUUCAGUGUCUUUGAAUAGAAGUGUUGCGCUGUUUUAAGGAUUUGUUUGAAUCGAACCUCUUGUGAGCGAAGGCUUAGCGGCAAAUUAUAACGACAAUACAAAGGCGCGGAAGAGGAUUAAAGAAUUCAGCAAGAAUAAUCACAAUCAGUAGUAUUCAACAUUUAAUUCUUCAUGCCUGGCAAGCAGGUGGUGCUUAUGAUCAAAUGUGCUCGCUUUGCUAGAUUUCUUUGAAUAUCGGUUUGUCAUAUCGGCUUGGUACCACGGAUAUUCAAAAACCCACUUUCAACAGACAACUUCAUUUGGGGAUAUUGGUUUCCACUCAAAUGUACUGUAUUUAUUUCAGGUAUCAUAUUCAUGUCUUCAUUGAAAAAUCGACAUUAUAUGUAUUAUGUACUGUGACGUGAAUUUGCUGCUGCUAGUGUUUGCCUGUUGCAAAUGUUUUGUCACCAUGACAGUAACUAAAAUUCUGGAAAAUCUUAAAUUGAUUUCCUUCUCGAUACUGGUUCAGUUAAGUAUUGGAUUAAAAUUUACUUAGCAUUCAAGGAAAAAGAAGGACGUGUUAUUUUGUGGCUUAAACUUCAUCAUUGCCAAACAUUUCCCUGCAGCUAUUUUUAGUGCGUGAGAGAAUUUUGAUCGUCUUAAUUAGAGUGAGCAAGCGACCAAGCUCUCCUUGCUGCUUGGAAUGGCUUUGAGAAACCGAUUUGGUUUAUUUAGAAACACACUCUCAAAUUUUACGUCUUUGAGGCAUAACUUUACUAAUAUCAAAAAUGGAAGUGCUUUUGAUUUAUUGCCAAAUAUAGUGACAGGAAAGGUGAUACUGUUCGAGAGAUGGGAUUUCAAAUACUUGUACCAUUUAAUGAUAACAGUUGCGUUUGUUGCUGUUUUCCUCAACUGCUACAUCCUUUCUUUGGUUGUCCGCACCAAGAAAUUACGUCAUAAACACAAUAUCUUCCCAAUAAACUUGACACUGUCCGAUGCAUUUGUCGGGUUCGUUGUAAUUCCGUUGUUUGUCAUUGGACAAUAUAUGCUUGAGGACACCUUGUUUGAUAGAUUUCUUGAGUCUUCGCGUGUUUAUCACAUCAGCAGCGUGACACUCAUGUUCAGUAGCCUUGUUAAUAUCUAUAGCGUAGCUGCGAUUGUCGUUGAGCGCUUGGUUGCAAUUUGCCUUCCAUUCAAACAUCGCCAGAACUUCACGCGUUCGAAAGCAACGGUUACAGUUCUGGCAAUAUGGAUCCUAUCGAUACUGUUUGCCGCGUUUUCAUUUUUUGUGUACGAAAAGUUUUAUACUACAAGUCAUGUUGAUUCAGCGUUAGAUGCUAUCUUGCUUGUUUUGUCAGUAGUUAAAUCGGAGCGGAAGUACAAGGGUUACGAAGAUAGCUUUAUUUGGAUAUGCUUGGCGGGUUCUCUAACUGCUGGUUCCGGACUUGUUGCAACUCAAGUUGUGUUAUGCAGAAGACGCAGAGCGUCGAACAUUCGUCGUUCAGCUACGCAAAAUGUCACGAGAAGAAGCGAAGAGAUCAAGGCUACAGUGAUGCUUUCGUUGAUGUUUAUGGCGAUUAUCAUCUGGCUUAUUCCGAUAAUAAGAGGAAGGAAAUUGCUAAAUAGAGAAUUGUCAAUGUAUCUAUACUUGGGUAGAUUCUGCCUGUCUAUCGUCAACCCAAUAUUAUAUACGCUCCUAAAGCAGGACAUCCGGACAGCCGCUGCAAAAGACUUUCGCGCCUUGAACAACUUUAUACUGCGAUCUUUCUGCAGGCGCUGUAUCCAUACCUCCGUUACAUCCACGACGCGCGCAAACAAAAACAACAAAAGAAGUGUUUCAAGUAAAUCUGACAUCUCAACAACAGAGAUAUAAAAUUUUAAAAAGAGUUUGAGAAGCGUGUCCGGUGGAAGGAGUUGUUAGCAAGAUUUCUACUCUGAUUUCGUUUAUUUGGUUUCUCGAACACCCUCAUAAUCAUGACGUUGGAAUCUGCGUCUUUGCAGUCAGAUCUUGAUUUCCUUUAGAAGUUUUGUCCUUGUAAGCUUACACUGAGUAUUAAUCGCGGGAUUUUUUCAAUUGAGAAUGUACUACCUACUUGUUUGCUUUGUACCAAUUGUUCGGUUUUGAUACAAACAGAAUUUCGUACCAGGCAAGCAAACAGCAGAAUAAACAAACACUAGGUCAUAAUAUUUUCUCUUCCCCUGAAAUCGAAGAUCGGACUUGGUUUAUU